UGGCAGAAAGAGGGAGGAGUGGAGGCCGGGCUCCUGUCACCGAGUCACAUGCUCACCUGGAGAAGGAGGAGCCCGAAGUGUCUCCCAGGGCCGGGGGAUCCUCCCCGGCUCAGAUCCCCAGGUUUCCGCGGAGUAGCGGCCGCACUAGCGGCAAACAUCGGAGUCGCUGUGCCGGCCUGGGCUGGAUCCAACCUGAGAGAACAGACCUUCAUUGGCGCCUCCCGUUCCACAAGACUCACAAUCCCAUUUGGAGUGAGGAGGAGGAGGAAGAGGCGGCGGUAGCCGCGCCACACAAAGUUUGCGUGCUCGUCGUCCGGAGGGCGGGUUGGGGAUCCGGCUCCAUGCCGAGCGGCAGAGCCCUGAGCCCGGCUCAGGCGCGUAGAUCUUUCGGAAUCGCAGCCUGGGGUUGUCGCCAUGGGCAGCUGCAUGGGGAGACAACGCAGAGAGGGGCAGAUUACCCCAGGGCACCCGCGCAAGCGAGCAGGACGUAAUGAACCUCUAAAGAAAGAGCGCCCAAAGUGGAAGAGUGAUUAUCCUAUGACGGAUGGCCAGCUGCGGAGCAAGCGGGAUGAGUUCUGGGACACAGCACCUGCCUUUGAAGGCCGCAAGGAGAUCUGGGAUGCUUUGAAAGCUGCGGCCUAUGCAGUGGAGGCAAAUGACCAUGGGCUAGCACAAGCCAUUAUUGAUGGUGCUGGAGUGACCUUGCCCCAUGGUUCUCUUACUGAGUGCUACGAUGAAUUGGGUAACCGGUACCAGCUUCCCGUUUACUGCCUGGCACCACCUGUCAACCUGAUUAUGGAGCGGAGCGAGGAGGAGGGUGUGGAGCCCCCAGAGCCAGCACCAAACACUCGGCGUGAAUUCCCACUCAAAGUGCGCCUCUCCACUGGCAAGGACCUGCGCCUGAGCGCCAGCAUGACAGACACUAUUGGGCAACUUAAAAAGCAGCUGUAUGCCCAGGAAGGACUGGAGCCUGCCUGGCAGCGUUGGUUUUUCUCUGGCAAGCUCCUGACAGACAGAAGCCGCCUGCAGGAGACCAAGAUCCAGAAGGACUUUAUCAUUCAAGUCAUCAUCAACCAGCCACCUGUGCCAAGGAACUGAGCUGGAGGCUAUUGACAGGGAGCCCAGCCUGUGACCCAGGACUCAGCCAGUGGUCACAGGAAGCUGCUCUUGCACCUGGGAAAA